UUGACGCCACUGUGCAACGUGUUUGACUUUUACUUAGCCAGCAGCUCAAGCUGCUAGCCGAUUCGAGUUGCAUGAAAACCUAACAAAACCAACGAUUUUGUUAAACACUUGCUUUUACCUUCGUGUUUACCAGCGACCGGAGGAGCAUUGCUGCCAUUGUGGUAACUCAGCUGUCUGCCUUUUUCCUGCACUGAAGCCCUUCAAGCGACCCGGAGUUCGCAGAACUUGAGCCUGCAAACGCUUCCAAAAACAGGACUGUGCAGAAGCAAUGCUGCGUUUUUACUAGAUCUACAGCAGGUUACCGGAGUAGAGGUCAGCGCUUUAGACUCAUCCGGAUGGUUUGUUAAUCAGCGGAAGCGGCGCGCCAUUCUAUUCGACGCUUCCGCUCAAAGUGGGCGGGGACUAGAUUUUCAACAGCCAAUCAGAACACGACAUCUACCAGCCGCCCCGAAUUACGAGCUGCUGAUUGGCUGAAGGAGCAACACAAGCAGAAGUCUCACCGGUUGAUUGAUCUCCUCGCAAGUAUUUAUAUAAAAGUUGUUUUUUAAGUGACUCUGAUUGGGAAAAUUUAUAAUUUAAGUGUCUCCAAAUUUCCCCCAAAGAGUAUAACACUGUAAUUCGCAUUAGGCAGCCUAUUAAAGGACUAAACUCAUCCAUAGUUUGAAGAAAAAGUUUAUACACAUAGUGGUUGGUAACAGUUUCCAUGACAACAAGCUUAACGGGCAAACACAACAUGGAGUUUCUACAGUGGGACUGUCUUGAUGUUGCAAGAUGGAUUGAGUCUUUAGGAUUUCCACAGUACAAAGCUUGUUUCACAGAGAAUCUAAUCAACGGAAGAAAGCUCAUUCAUGUCAACUGUAACACUUUGCCAAGACUCGGGAUCAGAAACUUUGAAGACAUGCAGGUAAUCUCAGCUCGUGUGCGUGAGCUGCUGGGGAUUACAGGGACCCCGUGGAGUCAUAGCAUCGCUGACCCCCAGCGGGAGACCAUGGUCCUGUUCUUGGAGGCAAAGAGUCGUACGGGCGAGCGUGCGGACGCGCUCACCUACGAGCAGUUCCUUCGUGACAUGCGUCAGUGAGGGGGAAAUGUGAAUCACAACAAUAAA